AGUCCCUAUCAAUCACCACUAUGGAAGCAUUAGUGCCAUUCACAACAUCCGGGCAGCUUUUAAACUGCGUAGAUAAGAAGAUGUUGGUCGCCCUACGGGAUGGUAGAAAGAUAAUUGGGGUUUUGCGGUCAUUCGACCAAUUUGCCAAUUUAGUCCUAAAUGAUGCAGUUGAGCGAAUACACGCCUUAAACGAGUAUGCGGAUAUUCCGCGUGGUAUUUUCUUGAUCAGAGGUGAAAAUGUAGUUUUGAUGGGUGAAGUGGAUUUAGAUACAGAGGACACAAUACAACUCAAGCAAGCACCUAUUGAACAAGUCCUUCAGAAAUCACUCCAGUUGGACGAAGAGAGAGCUAUAAAGGAUAGUAUAAGGGAUGAAAUAUUAAAACAGCGUGGAUUUUGUACAGAAAGGGUUGAAGGUGAUGUUGACGUGCAUAGGUAUGGACAUUCACCUUAUAAUAUCUAAAUGCCUCUUUAUUAGAUUGUUAUUAUUAAAUUUAUUUUGUAAUUUCAUUAUCUUUGACUCAAAGCUUGAUUUAUUUACUUGUAAUUUAUACUCGAAUAGCUUCUUCCAGCCUGUAUGUCUAUUACAUUGGCUAUCUUUGAGGAUACAUAGUAAUUGAUCAUCUGUGGGCGAUAUAUCAGAUAUACUAUCAAUGUCGAAUUCUAUCCAUUCAUCAUCGUCCAUUAGUAGUCUAUAAUCGAAUCCACAAUAACCCCUUGAUUGCUUGGGUUUCGUUGCUUUUGGUCCCCUUUUACUUGUUGGUUGAUCAGCUGUAUCAUUCACAGAUUGUAGACUAUUUGUAAGUGUGUUCGCUCUAUUGAUGACAGUUUGAAGAAACUUUUCUUGCUUUUCUAUAAGAGAGAUAUUACUGCUAAAUUUAUUUAUACUUGCUUGUAUGGUAUCAUUCUUUCUAGAUAACUUCUCCAGUUGAUAUUCAAUUGAUUGUCUUAAGGACGUCAUUUGUCUAUUCUCCUCAUCAAAGACAAUCCAAGGGAGCUUAUUAUAAUUAAUGACCAAUGGUAUAACCAUUUCAAUUGAAUCAGGGUGUAAAUUAUAUUGACGUAAUUUCAGACUCAUGAGAUAAAUUCCACAAGCAUCUGAACAAUAUACAGAUACCGGUAAUCUACUCGCAUGUGUACAACCUUCUCGUUGACAUUUUACCCUCCAACUCGUCUUCUGGCCUGUUUUCUCUUCACAUUCUUUGCAUACGAAUACGUCAACUAAUUCAUCGUCCCCAGCUUCCAUACCGAUACAAUCUAAAUGAUACCAAGUUUCGCAGCCUUCACAUAAUAUCAUAGGUAGACCUUCUAAUCCAUUAGAUUUACAUAUGCAGUGUAAAACUUCGUCCUCUUGUUCAUUAUCGGAAGAAUAAUCCAUUUUUAUUUUUUAUUAUCUAUUUUAAGUAUUUUUAUUUAAAUUGACGCGUUUGGUUGACUU